AUGAGAACCAAUAAACGACGAUACUUGCCCAUUGUCACGUCGGAGGACUGUGGGAUACUUGCUGUGGUAACCCAUGUUGAUAUACUCGAAUACUUUGUUGCAACGUUUCGGGAAGAACGACGCCUCUUUGACCAGCCCAUCCAGGAGUUAGGUAUUGGCACUUUCGAUGAGGUUAUGACUGUCAACACCACGACUUCACUUGAAGAUGUGUUGAAACUUCUUUGCAGACGUAAUUUAAGCUCAGUGCCGGUCGUUGACAAGUCGGGUCGCAUAGUUUCCCUGUAUAAUCAUUCUGACAUUACCUUUCUUGCAACUGCAACUGAUGCUGACUCUGUCGUCGUCAACCUUGGGUCCUCGAUUGAAGAUGUUAUCGCGCAGCGUCGCUCUGAUGAACCAUUACAUACUUGUUCACAGUGUGCUACGCUCCAGUUUGUCUUUGAAUUCUUCGCGGAUGUCAAGUUUCGGCGUCUCAUCUGCCUUGAUGUUGACAGGAGGCCGGUUGGAAUUAUCUCGGUUCGCGACCUCCUUUCGUACUUUGUCGAUUGA